CUUUUAUUUGUAAACUAUGGAGAUCACUCCUCCUGUGAUUGGUGUUCAUCGCUUUGACUCUGCUGACUAUGAGGUGUCCUCGCUGAGUCCUCAGGUGGAGGUUCGGGCUGUGGUGGAGGGUCAGUUCCUGUCCAGACGGCUUCAUGCUGAGAGACUGGGAUACUCCAUCAUUCCAGGAACCAGAGUUCUGGCGACGGGAAGAGCGUCAUCGAAUAAAGAGAUCCUGCAGGUGCUGUCUGACGUGUUCAACGCUCCGGUCUACACCAUCGACCUGUCCGACUCCACUUGUUUGGGUUCAGCCUACAGAGCUCUACACGGCCUGGUGGCAGAAUCCGGAGCGUCCUUCGUUGAUGUGGUGAAGAAAGCACCAGAACCACGACUGGUCGCCACCCCGCAUCCGAAGGUGAUGAUGAUGAGAGCUCCUCUGUGA